AUGUCAAACCAACAAAGACCAUUUUCAUGGCUCCGGUUGGCUCCUUUCGGUCGCCAAAUGCAACCAGCCCCAGUCCCAGCCCCAGCUCCGGCUCCAGCUCCAACAGCAACCCGUCGACCAACAGCAUUUCGAGCACCUGCUCCACAGCCAUUUAGGCCCCCAACCCCUCGGCCUCGGCCAACCGUCCGACCACCUGCACCUACUGUCACAUCUCCUCCUCCACCCACUAGAGCAUUGUUCCCUGGCAUUACUACUACUACACCGAGAUCCCCAACACCAUCCACUGUCCCUUCCUCUCCAGCCAAAUCAACACCCGCUACAUCUGCCCCUGCUUCUCCAAUCAGCAAAAUGGCUUCUUCUUCAUCACCUACAUCUCCUACAGGAACUUCAACAUUUCUCCCAAUCACUUCCUCUUCUUUUAACUUAAGAAGCCCUGAAACCAAGAAGCCAACCCCAUAUUCUCCAUCCCCAAAACCAGCAGCAUCACCACCUAAAACUGCACCUCCAGCUACUGUAACUGCUCCUACUACUGAAACUACACCCGUAUCUUCAAGAAUGAUCAAGCCUUUGAGCGAAUCUCCACCAAAGUACCCCAAAACAAAGCCUCUGUUUCAUCCACCCACUCAAGCACGAGCAGCCCCACAAGAAGAGAAGAAACUAAUGCUGGGGCAAGAAGCCGCUGGAAAUUCUAAGAUGAAUGAGAAAGCUGCUAUCGAUAAUAAGAAAGUUACUGAAGUGAAAAAAUUACUACCAAGGAGGUUGGUAACGCUGAUUGGUGAAAACAAAGGGGCGGUAAUGGUAUUGAACCCAAAUUCCACCAAGAAAUCUCACACUAAUGUUUUUGGAGGAAAGUCUCAAACUGUUGGCAAGAAAGAAGAAGGCAAUACUGUUGAAGGAGAAAUGGGGUCGAAGAAGAAGAAGGAAGAUCAAAGUGACAUGAAUACAAUGGAGAUGGAAGAGUCUACACUAUUCAUAAACAAUAAUGUACAAGGAGUGAACAAUUCCAUAUUAGACGAUUCAAGUCUCACUCAUCAUGAUCCUGGUUUUCAUAUCUUGUUCUCAACGGAUUAA